GAGCGCACGCGAGGGCCCCGCCGUCGUCACCCGUUUCGGAUCAGCCGCCGGAGAUAUGUUUAUCUCUUUGGUAACGUUUGCGCCGAGAACGAAUCAUCGCCGAUAUUGAUUUUCGGAUACGCUGGCACCCUAACUUCUAAAGGGCACGGAGCGAAGUUUCGCGACAAUCGAAAGUGUAGCCAGCGCGGCUCAGUGGGAGCGGAGUUGAGGAAACAUCGACGUCUUCCAUCGGGAUUUUGCGGUGCUUCGGUGCUCCGGAUGAUUUUGGCGACAUGUGCGCCGCACAGGCCGUGUCCGUGUCUAGGCCUAACUUGUCUCCGGCGGGGCAACAGCAAAAGAAGCAGUUGAGUUUGGCUUACGAAGAUUUGACUGUCGUGCCAUACAGCCUCAUCGAGAAAUACACGUCCGACGUCGAGGUUUUGGACUUGAGCCACAACCAAUUGAAGGACGUCCGGUUCCUGUCGCAUUUCGAGUGCCUGCACACGGUCAUCCUAGACCACAACCGGCUGGACUGCCUGUCUGCGCUGCCCGUGCUGCCCCGGCUGCGGGUGCUCUGGCUCAACUUCAACCGGCUCCUCAACGCCACGCUCUUCGUGCCGGGCUUGGCGCGCAGCUGCCCGGGCCUGCGCGUCCUCUGCCUCAUGGGCAACGAGCUGGCGCCCUCCUACCUCAACGGCGGCACCACGCAGCAGAACGCAAACUACAGGUUGUAUGUGAUCUCGCACUUCCCGGAGCUGGUGUACCUGGACGACCAGCCCGUACGCGCAGACGAGCGCCACAGGGCCCACGCCGUCCGCAGCCACAUCGCCGAGGUGCUGCAGGAGCACGACGCGUUCGUUGCCAGGAACAGCCUCCAGGGACUCCGCAAGUGAGCGGGACACAUCGCACGCCGAACUGCCAGCCCCAUCGAGACCCCAGACGACCUCGUUCUGACGGUUGGCUAAGGAGACCUCGUCUAGACAUUGACGGGACGUCAUCUUAACGUUGGACCGGGGGGACGUCAUCGCAACGCCAUACUAAGGAGACGUCGUCUAAUGAUUCUAUGGAAAAGACGUCGUGCCGACGGUUAACUGAAGAGGUGUCUAGAGGAAGUUUGAGAAGACGUUAUCCCGACGUUGAACUGAAGAGGUGUCUACACGACGUUUGAGAAGACGUCGCUUAAAGUUUGAAAUGAAGAGACGCCUACACGACGUUUGAGAAGGCGUCUUCCCGAUGUUGAACUGAAGAAAUGUUGACACAACCUCCGAGAAGACGUCUUCCCGGCAUUGAACUGAAGAGACGUCUGCACAACGUCUGAGAAGACGUCUGCACAAUGUCUGAGAAGACGUCUGCACAACGUUUGAGAAGACGUCUGCACAACGUUUGAGAAGACGUCUUCCCGACGUUGAAAUAGAAAGGCGUCGUCGACUCCUCAGUUCUAUGCGGGUAGCUGGUCUAACAGAUAAAAAAAGAAAACAAAACAUGUGGAAUCAUUUUGUGACCUGCACCUUCGCCUUGCACAUAAACGUGGUGUCUCCUGUGAAAUGCCCCGACACGCCGGGUCACUGAGAAUUUGAGCGGAAUCCAGAUACAAUAUUUUAAGUGUCGUAAUUCGGUUAUAAAUAAACAUAUUUAUUCAAAAACA